AAUGGUCUCCCUCCCCCUUCCAUGGUACGUAGCCGUAGAGGAAGGGUGUCAAUUACUAGCAGCAGCGGGCUUCAAAGAGUUGAAAGAGACGGAGAAGUGGAAUGUGAAACCAAACAAUAAAUAUUACGUUACGAGAAAUAAGUCGACCCUAAUAGCAUUCGCUAUUGGAGGAAAUUACCAGCCGGGAAAUGGAUUUGCUAUCUUAGGAGCUCAUACUGACAGCCCCUGCCUCAAAGUCAAACCCAUAUCUAAGAAAAUGAGAGAAGACUUUUUGCAAGUUGGGGUAGAAUGUUAUGGAGGUGGAUCUUGGCAUACCUGGUUCGACAGAGAUUUGACUAUAGCAGGGAGAGUCAUUAUCCAGAAUGGUAAAAGCAUCGCUCAACGACUUUUCCACAUAAACAAGCCUAUAUUAAGGAUACCAAAUGUUGCUAUUCAUUUGGAAAGAGAUAUGGGAACAAAAUUCGAAUGGAAUAAAGAGAAUCAUUUAACGCCCAUUCUUGCAACAAAAAUAACAGAAGAACUUUUAACAUCAGCUAAGCCUCAUAAAAGUCCCGACUUUCCAAAGAUAGCAGAGAAUCAUCACUCAUGUUUAAUUUCAGCUAUUUGCGGAGAACUAGAUGUAUCUGUUGAAAGUAUAAUUGAUUUUGAAUUAUGUUUGACUGAUACACAACCAGCAGCUAUAGGAGGUCUCUUUGAUGAAUUUAUAUUUUCUCCAAGAUUAGACAAUCUUCAUUCAUGUUUCUGUGCCAUUAAAGGUUUAGUCAAUUCAACAAAAUCAGAAUCAUUUGAAACUGAUACUAUGAUAAGAAUGAUGAGUUUGUUCGAUAAUGAGGAAGUUGGAUCAGAAACUGCUCAAGGAGGACAAUCCACACUACAAGAACUAAUUAUGAGGAGGCUAUGCUCUGCACAAAACCAUAACGUUUUAGCUUAUGAAGAAUCUAUACCCAAGUCUUUGAUGGUAUCUUGCGAUAUGGCUCAUGCAGUUCAUCCAAACUAUACAGAGAAACACGAAGAUCAGCACAAACCAAAUUUUCACAAAGGAGUUGUAAUUAAAACUAAUCAAAAUCAACGCUACGCGACAACAGCAAUAACUGGAGCAAUUAUGAGAAAAAUAGCAGAACUGGGGGGAGUGUCCGUGCAAGAGUUCGUUGUCCGUAACGAUACUCCUUGUGGAAGUACUUUAGGUCCCCUUAUGUCUGCAAAGUUAGGAAUUCCUACAGUUGAUGUAGGAGCCGCUCAGCUAUCUAUGCAUUCGAUACGUGAAAUGUGUGAUACAACUUCCGUAAAAAUGACCUGCGAUUUAUUUGAGUCCUUCUAUAAGAAUUAUUCAUCAAUUUCCGCGCAACUAGAACUUUGA